CCGAGAGAUUAAAAUAUUAAUCCACAAGAAUGUUAAGAGCUUAAUAUAACAGAAGUAGACAACUAGAUGCGUCAAAGUGCUCAUCCGUUCUCUCUAUCGGUGUCUGUUCUGUCAAUUUUUAAAAUUGAAGUACUCUACUAAUAUCAAUAUGCCUGAACUUAGUGUGUUUCAGAAAAUAAACGAUGAAAUGUAUUCUCAACUGGUCUCCAUUUGCUUUGACUCACUUUCUCAAAAAAUACAGCCAUCAGAGGUUUUCUCUCGUUACAAGACAGUCUGUAAAAAUUCAGAUAUAGAGUUUUCAGAUUUGGAACCUUCCUUGAAAUCAUUUUUACAUCUUUGUAAAGAUGCUCUCAAAAGUGGAAAAUCUGCUGCUCAAAUGCAUGAUGACCUCCAAAAUCUAGGCAUGAAUAAUGAACAAAUUGAAAUCUUUGUCAAACAGUGGGAUGAUGUACGUUCCUCUUUAAUACAUUCUUCAACAGCUGAAACAAUACCCAUUAAUCCUUUAGUUGAUAUGGAAUGGAAAUUUGGAGUUACUUCUGCAAGUAGCCAAGUCAAUUCAAUUGGUAAUGUCUACCUUCAGAUGAAGCUAGAAGUUGAUCAAGGAAAUGGCAGAACCAAAUCUGUUUUCUUUGAACUGCAACUUUCAGAAUUUUAUGCAUUUUUGCAUGAGAUGGAGAGAGCAAGAGCCAGUUUAGAUUACUUGAGCUAAUGUUUGAAGAUGCAUUUUUAUAUUUGAAAAAAAUAAUAAUUUAAAAUGUGUAUAAUUGAUGUUGUUAUAGUUUUUGUAUGUGAUUGAUUUGUUGAUAGUUUGUAAAUAAAUUUUUGAUUAUAUUUUAUAAGUAAAA